UCUCUACACAUAACAGUCGUAUUUCGCCAUUCGGAAAGAAGGUUGUUGUUACAAUGAAACGAGAACCGGACUAUCGAUAAAGUGUGUUUGUAUGUCGUUUUCGUCGAUAAUAAGUGUUGUGUUCACUUUCACCUGUGCGAAUGUCUCGAUCCUUACCUUUUUGUUUGAUUUUCUUUUAAUUACUGCCGCAUGGGUCGGCGCUUACGUUUAAGUUAACCCUUUAUUUUGAAACGAUGGAACGUUGUUCUUAUGGUUUUUACACCAAAAGGUCAGAAAUAUUAGAUAACAUACAAAAAAAGAAAGAGCAGGACAAAGAACAGCCUCCCAGCCCCAGUUUUCAGCCACAAUUAGCAAAGUCAGUUGAUAAGCAGCAAAUUCACACCUCUGAUGUCACAAAUACUAACAUAUCAGUGACUCAGCAUGUCCCUACACAACUCCUGUCUCCGCCACACGGCUCGGGUUCACCGGUCCAGUCUAAAGAAGACACCAAAGACAAGACAAUAAAGGUUGCCAAUUCUACAACUAUAACCUUAAUUGAGAACAGUAAUCUCAACGGGGAGAAAGAUAAAGACAAUAAUUAUCACAAAAACUAUUUUACCUUAGAGCCUAAGAGUGAAAAAAAGGAUGAAUGCAAUAAAAAUAGUAUCACAAUAACAAGAACUGUGCCGAAACAGUCUCCAGGCAGCAGUCAGGGAGAGAAGUCCAAAGCACCAUCUAAACCUACGAAAAGGCCCCUUCAGUACUUAGAGACUCUGGCUGAGAAGGCUGGAAUCACUUUUGAGGAUAAGUACGAAGCGGCAAAUACUUUACUGGCUCUAGAUAAACAAAAUAACACUUUUCGCAGACCUGAGCUUAAACAGCCCAAAUCUGAAUCAGAAAAUCAUCCACAAGGUGAAGAUUAUAGGUUUAGAAAUCCGAAAGAAGAAGAUGACAAAUUACAGAUUCAGCAGCAAAUAAUCCAGCAGCAGCAACAGCAACAGCUGCAACAACUACAACAGCAGCAGCUUCAGCAGUUGCAGCAACAACAUUUGCAACAAUUGCAGCAACAAGCAUUGCAGCGUCAGCACCAAGCUAUUCAGCAGCAUCUUAAAAACCAACAAGACCAGCAGGAACUAUUGCAGAAACAAUAUCAACAUCAACAGCAUCAGCAGCAACAACAACAACAACAACAACAACAACAUCAGCAGCAGCAGCAGCAGCAGCAGCAACAACAACAGCAGCAGCAACAACAACAGCAGCAACAACAACAAUCUCAGUCUCAACAGCAGUCUCAACAGCAGCAACCGCAGCAGCAACAAUCGCUACAACCUAAAACUGAAAUCCAGCAAAUAUCGCAACAACAAGACUUGCAACAGCAGAAAUUCUUGCAGGUCGUAAACAACCAGCCGGUUCACACGCAGCAAUUCAACGUGCCUGGCAUUGGUGAAAUAAACCUUAGCUUCCUGGCAUCCCCGCAAAACAACGUGAACUUGCUGUUCGACAAGAACCAGAAGACCGGCAUGAGCGGAGAGAUCAAACCGCAACAGAUUGUCGACGGUCAAACUCAAGUGGUACAGCAACAGAUAAGCAUGUCGCAGCACGACUCUUCGCAGCAUCACCAGACGGUCACUGUCGUCUCGUCCAUGCCGAGCAGUAUGGCGCAACAUCAAGUGCAGCAACAGCAAGCUGGCAUACAGCAACAGGCUACUAUGCCGCCUUUGCAAAGUCUUCCACCGAACACACAGCACCCGCAGCAAAUUAGCGCCGAAUGGGGCCACAGUCGGGUGCAGGUGAUACAGCAGCCAUUGCAGAACAGCACGUAUCUGCAACAGCUGUACAACGCGCAAGGCCCGCUGCUGAUGCCUGGCAACAUAGCGCUGCACCCCGGCAUCAACUCGCAACAGAUACAGGUAAUAGCGGCCGGCAAGCCGUUCCAGGGUAACCAACUAGCUCCCCACAUGCUGACUACGCAGGGCAAACAAGUUCUACAAGGCCAAGCUGCUCCAUUUCCGGGCUACACGACGAUUCCUGCUAUUCCUACAACGCAGAAUCAGACCUUCGUGUUCAGUCCCUUGGGCGUAAUCAACUCCCAGCCAAGCAUUCUGCCUGCGCACUCUCAACCCACGGUCUCCGGCAUUGGACAGCAGCAGAAAGCUGGGGAAAUGCAUAAGGUGAUGAGCGGAGGGAAAGUAACGGGUGCAAAAGUGGGCGGCGCUACACAGACCGUGCCCGUACAAGCUCAGUGCGUGCAAGUUUCACAACCCGUGCUUGGACAGCAACCCCAGGCGCAAAUCAUCAGUCCACUGCAGACUGGCAGUCAGACGAUGCAGUUUGCGCCGUGGCAGAUAUCGGGUGCGUUGCCGCAAGUGUGGGCGGGCGGCUUGCAGGCGGGCACUCUACCGGCGGGCGGCCUACUCGCUCCCAACCCGAUCUUCAUCAGAGGCACUCAACCUGACGCGCAAACCUCCAUGUUCAUACAGCAUUCGCCGCAAAACAAUGUGCAACAUAACAAUGCCACAGUGUCUUGCGCGACGGCGACGACGGCCAAGCCGCGCGCGGCGGCGGAUGGCAUGGCCAAGGCGCCGCGACCUCUGUCCAACAUCCUGCCGUCCGGCAUCCGGCCCGCCGCUUCCGUGUCCACGCAGACCAGCGCCAACCAGGCACAGAACCAGGCUAAACAACGGGGCAAGCCUGGCGUCCGGUCGCCGGCGCCGACGUCCAAACAAGACGCGGCCAACCAGACGAACAAGAUGCAGCAUCAAAUGCAGCAACCGAAGCAACAGUUGCUGGUUAUGAACUCAACGGGGCAGAUGGCGCAAAUCACAAGCCUGCCGGAUAAGCAGCCGCUCAACAAGAAUAUCCAGCAACAAAACCUCCUGCAGCAACAAGCCAUGCAGCAACAACAACAACAACAGCAUCAGCAACAAUUGCUUCACCAACAACAACAACAAACUCAACAAAUGGUUCAACACUAUCAACAACAAGGACUUACAUUGGGCAUGCAGCAGGGGACUCUACCCGUCGGUUCCGUGUCUCAAACACUCCCCAUGACUGGAAUGCCUCAGACGAUUUCAAUGGUACAACAAAUACAUCCGCUGGGUAGUAUGUCUCAAUCGGGGACCCUGUUGGGCCAAAUCAGCACCAAUCAGCAAUCACAAAACGCGUCCCUCGCGCAAGUGCAAGCUUUACAACAACAGCCACAGACCUUAGUUGGAAGUGGUCUCGUCCAGACUUCAGUGGGUAUGGCGGUACAACAACAAGCCGGUUUGAAUCAUACCACGCCCAUGCAAACGGUAUCGGCGAACACCCUGGGCUCGGGGCAGCUCACCCUACAGGCGCAGGGAACUGUGGGACUGAUCGCAGCACCAGUGCAAAGCGCAGUGCUGCCGCUUCAACCGCAAACCACGCUCGUUGCGCACGUCAAAGGGGAAGAGGAUAAAGGACAACAGAUGGCGCCACCGACUGCGGUAGUACAGCAACUGACGACGCAGCCGACAGAGGGCGAUGCUCAGUUACCGGCAUUGCCUGCGCCCGCGCCCACUCCCGCCCCCGCCUCCGUAUCCGCGUCCGCCUCAGCCGAUGCGGCUGUCUCCACCACUACAUCUACCGGUCCCAGCACACCCACAGAAUCAACAAAGCAGAGUCCAACUAAGAUGGACACUACAAAUUCUGUGGCGACGGAGUCCGCACCCACUUCAGCCGCGCCCACAGUUCCAACCAGCACCGCCCCUGUACCCAGCAGUGCGCAGCAAACCACCGCGGUGGCUCCACAGGUAGUGACGACGGUCGCGUGCUCGAGCUCGGCGGCAACGCCCACGCCGGCGAUCAGCACGCCGGUAUCGCAGACGGCGCCGCUCUUCAAGACCUCGCAGUCUUCGUCCCGCCACAUCAGCCAGCCGGCUGCGCAUGAUAAAGGCUUACCAAAGGCGAUGGUGAAACCGAAUAUACUAACGCAUGUCAUAGAAGGUUACGUGAUUCAAGAGGCUGGUGAGCCGUUUGCUGUAAAUCGACCGCUUCGGGAAUGGGGUGCAGAUAAAGAACAAGAUAAAGAGAAUAAACUACCUUCGCCAGAUGAGCCACCUCGAAAAAAACAAAUGAUGGAUAACAGUUCAAGUUUGCCGCGAAUCACAUCGACUCACGAAGCGAAUGAAGCAACGGGCCAAAACGCAAACGCUAAGUCGGAGCUUGCUUCUACUGAAACCGCGGACGCUGCGGCCGCAGACGAUGCCGCGCAGGCCAAGAUACCCAACGCUCACAAGUGGACGGUACCGGAGGUGUGCGACUUCAUCCGCAACAUCCCCGGGUGCGCUGGGUACGCGGACGAGUUCCUCAUGCAAGAGGUGGACGGCGAAGCUCUGCUCCUCAUCAAGCCCGAGCACUUGGUGAUGGCGCUGUCCAUGAAGCUCGGUCCCGCGCUCAAGAUCGUCGCCUGCAUCGACUCGCUGCGGCCCGAGAGCGAGCAGACAACGAACGAUCACGACUGAGAUAUACUUUAGGGUCCCUUUAGCUGAGGACCUAGUUAUACGAAUCAACAAGUGUUCAUUACGAAGUAGUAAGAAUUUAUACAAAUUUUACUAAAUUACGUAUUUAACUGUAAGUGAUGUUAGUCAUAAGCUAUUUCAGUUUAAGUAACCGUUAGUUUUUUCUAACACGCCAGUCGUGCUUAUUUGGUGUUACAAAAAUCUCGUAACUCACCAAACCUUUUCUCAGGGAAUACUUUGAAAAGCAUUACAUUAUUUUAAGAUUUGGUUGU